AUGUACUUUCGAUCUCGAUUGACAAUAAAUCAAAGAAUUGGAUUAACUUUAAGUCAUCCAAUUCAAACGAAUUUUAAUUUGUCUCGACCUCAAUUUACAUUAUUUCAAAAUUAUGCUGCUUCGACUAAUUCUUCAAAAAAGGACAAAAAGGACAAAAAACCUGGAAAAUCUAAGAAAACUUCAAAAAAUGAUGAAAAAGUAAAAAUAUCUCGAAAGAAAAAAGAACCUUUACUAUCAAAGGACAAACUAGGCACAAUAUAUAAUGAAUUAUCUCAAGAUUUAUGGCAAAGUAGAACUUUAUCUGCCAAGCUCUCAUUAGAAUCUCCAACUUUUACAGAAGAUGUUGACGAUGUUAUUGAAUCACAUAAACCAAAAAAGAAUUUAUUAACAACUGGUGAACAUCAAGAAAUGAUAAAUAAAAUAGAUAAAGCUUUUAUUGUACCGCAACUCAAAUCAUUCCUAAAAAAACGAAGUAUAAGUUUUUCUAAACUAAAUAAAAACAAAUUAAUUGAAAAAGUUAUCUCUGAAGUUUGGGAAAUCGAGAAAGUUGUCGAGGAAAUAUCUAAACCAAUUGAUUUAUUUUUCAUAAUUGGGCCAGAGGAGAAAACCUUACGAGAAAUAAAAAACAAAUCCAAUGUUAAAAUUCAGAUUGAUUCAGAGAAUUUAACAUACAAAAUUAUUGGGUUUUCCCAAAAUAUUGAAAAAGCAAAAGAGAUGAUCAAAAAUAUGACGGUCUAUCAUACUGCUACUAUGGAAUUACCUUCUCAUAUCAAAGACAAUGAAAAGAGCCUGCAAGAAAUAAUGCCCUUAGUGCAAGAUAUUUGUACCGCAUCGGAAACGUUUAUUGAGAUUGAUGCAAACAGGCAGUUUGUAGUAUCGGGAAGAUCACAUCAGGAUAUCAAAGAAUCAUUAAGGUUAUUAAAUGUUGCUUUGCAUAAGCCUGAUCGAAAUGAGUCAGAUUUGAUUUUAUGUAACGAAACGCAAGAUUUUAAUGAAUACAGUUUUUUCCCUAUUCACGAUUCUGAGAUCAUGUCGCUCUAUAACCGAAACUUGAAUUGGCAUCGCGUUGGUAGAAUUGAUUCCAAGGCGUCAACUUUAGGCGAACAUUUAUAUACUUUACAUGAAAGUGAAAGUUUCUUGAAAGAAUCAAUGCCGUUGCCUUUUUAUUUAUCCGAUGCGCAAAACAAGGUAACAAACAUGAAUAAACUUGGAAUUUUUCUGAAUGCGUUUUCAAAAGAGUCUAAAUUUAAAUCGAAAGCUGAAGUUUAUUCUAUGUUUGGUUAUAAAGUUUUCCACGACGAGAAAAAUGAGGAAAGAAAUUUAUUUAUUCCUCCAUUAUCUGGCAAUUUCUCUCGUGAAACGCUUGAAAAAUGGACCAAAGAAAACAGUCAUUUAAGAACAUUUCUUCCUAGUUACCCGUACCCAAAUUUCUUGACAUCCUUAUCAAACCCUAUAUCUAAAUUUCAAAAAUCUGUUCAGUUUGAUUAUGUGCCAUUUAAAUCAAAAUCUGAAUCAUCUUUUAACCAAAGAUUAAGUAUAUUGUUAGAUGUAAACGAUUUAAACUUUAAGUUUAAGGAAUCAACUAUGCAGAAAAAACGAUUCUUGGUGGACUUAUUAAUGAUGGAUAGUACGACAGAUUUAAGAUUGUCUGCGAUCAUUAAAGAAUCAGUUGAUAGAUCAUUCAACAUUGAUAACUUUCUCAAGGAAUGUUCAUAUAUAAGUCCUCGAAAUAUUCGAUGUCCUAGAGAAUAUGUUUUUAGUUUUGGAACUGAAGAAGGAAAAAUAAACGUUCCAUAUAAUCUUGAACGUAUGAAGUUUUACACAACUAGUCAAUACAAUUAUAAUGGAUUUACUCUUUCCGUAAGCAAAAUUUCAGAACUAGAAACUAAUUUUGACAGACCAGAAAUUAAGUUAAUAUACGAACCAACGAAAAUUAAACAAUCGCCAAUUGAAAUUCUAACCAAGUCUUCUGAAGGCAGUUACUUAGAAAAAUGGGAAAAUUUCAUUUCAGUAUCAUUAGCAAUUGUUAAUAGUAUAGGAAAUAAGUGA